AUGCCCAACACAUCAGGCUACCGGCGCGGCGGCAAGGUUGCCUACCACGGCGCCAAAACCCGGACCUUUGCCGCCUCGGGCCGGAACGAAGCGACGUCGGCCGACGAAAAAUGGGAGCGGACGCUCCUGGCACAUACCAUUGACGAGUCUAUGGGCUUCGGGCGCUAUGAGAGCGGCAAGAAGAAGGAAGGAUGGCUCGUCAACGUGCAGCCCACCUCGAUUCAGGAUGAGAGGAACCCUAACGGCCGCGCUGCGGUGGACUGCUACUUCAUCGAAGACGAUGGCGGUACCACUUUCAAGGCUGCGGUCGAGUACGAACCCUACUUCCUCAUUGUUGUAAAGCGCGGCUACGAGAGCGUAGUAGAGGAGUGGGUCAAGAGGAUAGGUGGAGGUGGUAUAGUGCGCGCGGUGAAGAAGGUGGAAAAGGAUGACCUUGAUCUCCCAAACCAUCUUCUGGGACUCAAGCGGACCCUGCUAAAACUAGUUUUCCUCAACGUCACAGACCUACUCACCGCCAGGAGAGAAAUCAUGCCUAUUGCCGAGAGGAAUAGGAAGAACCAGAGCGCGAAAGAUGCGUAUGCCGAGUCUGUCGCUAUUGACGGCAAACUCGAUCUUUUUGAUGACUUACGAGACGACGACCACCAUGUCGACGGCAAAAUUGCCGACGCGAGCGAGUACAUUAUUGAUAUUCGAGAAUAUGACGUUCCUUACCAAGUUCGAGUAAUGAUAGAUUUAGAUAUCCGGGUGGGUAAAUGGUAUUUUGUGGAAGCCAAGGCAGGGCAAAUCACGGUCAAGUGCAACGAAGACAAAUUGGCCCCGGCCGACCCUGUCGUACUGGCGUAUGAUAUCGAGACGACGAAGCCACCUCUCAAGUUUCCCGAUGCCGCCAGCGACCAGAUCAUGAUGAUUUCGUACAUGAUCAACGGCAAAGGCUACUUGAUCACGAACCGGGAGAUCGUAUCCGAGGAUAUCCACGACUUUGACUACACCGCCAAGGCCGAGUACCCCGGUAGUUUCGCCAUUUUCAACGAAGCCAACGAGAGGGCCGUUAUUGAGCGGUUUUUCGCUCACAUCAAGGAGGUCCGACCCACUGUCAUCGCCACGUACAACGGUGAUUUCUUCGAUUGGCCCUUUGUGGAUGCGCGUGCUAGUUUCAACGGCAUCGACAUGUACCAAGAGAUUGGCUGGAGGAAGGAUAGCGAGGACCAGUACCAGUGCAACUACAGCGUCCACAUGGAUUGCUUUCACUGGGUGAAUCGAGACUCCUACCUGCCGCAGGGAUCUCGUGGCUUGAAGGCCGUGACGGUCGCUAAGCUCGGAUACGACCCCGACGAGCUCGACCCCGAGUUGAUGACACCCUACGCGAGCGAGCGACCCCAGACGCUCGCCGAGUACUCUGUAUCCGACGCCGUCGCAACCUACUAUCUCUACAUGAAAUACGUUCACCCCUUCAUCUUCUCGCUCUGCACGAUUCUCCCCUCGGUCCCGACCACACGCUCCGCAAAGGCCUAUCAAAAAGACAUCGUUCUUCCCAACAAGCACAUGGCGCCCAAGGAGGCGUUUUGGAAUGGCCAUCUCCUAGACUCCGAGACAUACGUGGGCGGUCACGUCGAGAGUAUCGAGGCCGGUGUAUUCCGCGCCGACAUUCCAGUCAACUUUUCCAUCGACGCUGGCGCCGUGGAUGAGCUUAUCCGCGAUCUGGAUUCUGCUCUCGAGUUCAGCAUCACGGUGGAGGAGAAGAAGUCCAUGGACGACGUGGAGAAUUACGCCGAGAUCAGGGACAAGAUUGCGGCUCAGCUGCGAUCCCUCAAAGAGCCCCUUAAUCGUACCGAAUGCCCCCUCAUCUACCAUUUGGACGUCGCGUCCAUGUACCCCAACAUCAUGACCACGAACCGUCUGCAGCCCGACUCUAUGAUUUCGGAGGCCGACUGUGCUGCCUGCGACUUCAACAGGCCGGGAAAACCUGCGAUAGGCGAUUGCCCUGGGCGUGGAGAGGCGACGGGAGAACCCCUUUACAUUAAUACCGUGCGCGACUUCCGAGACCGUCGCUACGAUUACAAGGGUAAGGCCAAGGUGUGGAAGGGCAAGACGGACGCGCUUAAAUCAUCCGGCGCGUCGACUUCCGAGGUCGACGCCGCCAAGAAGAUGAUUAUCUUGUUCGAUUCGCUGCAGCUCGCCCACAAAGUCAUUCUCAAUUCCUUUUAUGGCUACGUCAUGCGAAAGGGUUCCCGGUGGUACUCGAUGGAGAUGGCCGGCGUGACCUGCUUGACGGGCGCUCACAUCAUCCAGAUGGCCAAGGAGAUCGUCGAGCGCCUCGGCCGGCCGCUGGAGUUGGACACGGACGGUAUUUGGUGCAUGUUGCCCAAGUCUUUCCCGGAAAACUACGCCUUUAAGCUCAAGAACGGAAAGAAGCUAUUCAUCUCAUACCCCUGUGUCAUGUUGAACCAUUUGGUGCACGCCAAGUUCACGAAUCACCAAUACCAGAACCUUGUGGAUGAGAAGAGCUUCAGGUACGAGACGCAGAGCGACAACUCGAUUUUCUUCGAGGUCGACGGCCCAUACAAGGCCAUGGUGCUGCCCACAUCCAAGGAAGAGGAUAAGAACUUGAAAAAGCGAUAUGCCGUCUUUAACGACGACGGUAGCUUGGCGGAACUCAAGGGUUUCGAGGUCAAGAGAAGAGGAGAACUGAAGCUCAUCAAAAUCUUCCAGCAGCAAAUCUUCAAGUUCUUCCUCGAGGGCAAGACUCUGGCCGAGUGCUAUGCGGCGGUCGCGGGAGUGGCCGAUCGAUGGCUGGACGUGCUCUAUUCAAAGGGCGGCGACCUGUCGGAUGACGAGCUCAUGGACCUUAUUUCGGAAAACAGGAGCAUGUCCAAGACUCUGGCCGAGUACGGUACUCAAAAGUCGACGAGUAUCACGACGGCGAAACGCCUGGCGGAUUUCCUGGGCGAGGGCAUGGUCAAGGAUAAGGGUCUCAACUGCAAGUUCAUCAUCUGCGCGAACCCCAAGAAUGCCCCCGUCACGGAGCGUGCCGUGCCCGUGGCCAUUCUCUCUGCGCCUGAGGAUGUGAAGAGGAAAUUUUUGAAAAAGUGGCUCAAGGAAGACCCCGCCAGCACCGACGUGCGGGACCUUCUGGACUGGGACUACUACCUGGAGCGACUGGGGUCCGUGAUCCAGAAGCUCAUCACGAUCCCCGCGGCGCUCCAAAAGAUCGUGCACCCCGACUGGCUUCGGCGCCGAAUCGCCGCCAAGGAAGACAAGAUGCAGCAGACCAAAUUGUCCUUUGUCAAACAGCCGCUCAACGACAUCACCAACCGAGCGGCGACGCGUGGGGCAGACGAUAUGGAAGACUUUGGCAACAAGCUUCUCAAAGCCAAGCCCGGCACCAUUCUGCAGUCAUCUCAGGCCGAGGCCCAGCUGCGGGCGCGGCAGGUCCAGAAGCGGAAGUCGCCAGAGCCGGCCGAGGUGGAGCAGGUAGAGGAGCUUCCGGCGGUGAUGCCAUCAAUGCACGAGGACUACACCGGGUUCCUCGCGUACCAGAAACAGAAGUGGAAGAAGCAAAAGGAAACGCGGAUACGGCGUCGGCAGCUGUUCGGAGACCGGCGCGGGGGCGGCAACAACAUCCAACAGUCGUUUAUGCGGGCGGCGCACACGACGUUUAUGACGACGUGGCAGCUCAUCUACCUCAAGCCGGAAGACACCAGCGGGGUAGUGACAGCGUAUGUGCUCAUCGAUGCCAAGAUUCACACGCUCAAGGUCAGGGUGCCGCGGCAAAUCUAUGUCAACUACAAGAAAAAGACGUUGCCGGGGCUCGCGCCACCCAAGGGCUGCGUUGUGGAAAAAGUCAACCACACGCUGCCCAACGGGCACAAGUCGGCGGUGCUGCACCGCAUGACGAUGCCCGAGGAGUCGUACGCGGCAUCGCAGCAGUGGCUCUGCGACCUGCGCUCGCACUCGUCGGUGGAAGGAGUGUACGAAACGUCGGUACCGUUGUACAUGCGAGCGCUCUUAAAGCUGGGCAACGUGUGCACGAUUGACGAGACGCAGGAAGCGGUGCUGGGCAAGGGCCUCGAGCAAGGGUUCGACCUCUCGGGUCUGAUGCGGCCGACCAAGAGCCGAACGUACCUGGAGGACGUGCCGGUGUCGUACAUUUACAUUUCGCACAUUGUGGCACCCGAGCGGCAGAUUUUCGGCAUCUUUUCGACGACGAGCAACCAGGCGCAUAUCGUGAUGCUCAUGAAGCACCGCGACGGAGGCCAGGACAUACCCAACCUCUCCAAGCUGUACGGGCAGAAGCUGGAGGAGCACCUACAGGAGUCUGGCGAAGCACAGUUCAAGGACCUGUUCCGGUACCAGGAAAAGCUGCAGUUCAAGAUCACGCAGGUGACGACGCGGCGAAAGGCGCACCUGGAGGUUGGGGACGUGGUGAAGAAGAUGCGCAAGGAGGAGCCGCGAGCGCAAAUCUUGGCGAUCCAGUCACUGAACCGCGCGUCUCUGGUGCGCGACAUACCGGGAUUGAGCGAGCUGCCCAUCCUCCCGCUCAAGUACGACGUGUACGACGGGGCGCUGCCGCCGCUGGGGUGGCAGGCGGCGGUGGCGCGGCGACUGGUGCGGCAUUACCUAGGACUCGGCGGGGAGCUCACGCACCUGAUGACGCUGGCACGGUACGCCAACGUGCCGAUCUGCAACCUGGAGAAGGACGAUCCGCGGUAUCUCAUCGACGUCAACUACGCGCGGCGGCUCGUGACCAACGACGUGGUGCUGUGGUGGUCGGGGGCCCGCGGCCGGACCACGGAUCGCACGAGCGUGACGACGUGA